GCAAGUGACGUCACGACAUACCAGGAAUCUUCUGCUCUGCGCACGCUCGCGCACGGAGAUCCGUGGGAAAACCGCAGGAUCCGGAGGAGAAUCCACGCGACCACGGAGAGAGAGGGACACGCAAACUCCAAAUAUACAGCCAUAAUACAGCUGACGCUUCCUCUGCAGAAUUGGUUUGAUGGAACAAAGGCACUCGGCGCAGCUCGGUACAAAAAGGCAACAACGCGACCAGCGUGCAUACAGCAUGGAUCGUGUUGGACAUUUAACACAGCACCAGAGAACUCACACAGGAGAGAAACCCUUCAAGUGCACUGUGUGUGACAAGGCAUUUUCAUAUCCAUCAGUUCUAAGGAACCACCAGAGAACACACACGGAAGAAAAACCCUUCAAGUGCAGUGUGUGUGGGAAGGCAUUUUCAUAUUCAUCUGCUCUUAAAAAACACCGGAGAACACACACAGGAGAAAAACCCUUCAAGUGCAGUCUGUGCGCGAAGGCGUUUUCACAGUCAUCUGCUCUUGUAUUACAUCAGAGAACACACACGGGAGAGAAACCCUUCAGUUGCACUCUGUGUGGGAAGGCGUUUGCACGUUCACAAAAUCUUAAAAUACACCAGAGAACACACACAGGAGAGAAACCCUUCAAGUGCACUGUGUGUGACAAGGCAUUUUCACAUUCAUCAGUUCUUAGGAUCCACCAGAGAACACACACGGGAGAGAAACUCUUCAGGUGCAGUCUGUGCGGGAAGGCGUUUUCACAGUCAUCUGGUCUUGUAUCGCACCAGAGAACACACACGGGAGAUAAACCCUUCAAGUGCAGUGUGUGUGGGAAGGCAUUUUCAGAUAAAUCUCCUCUUAAAAAACACCGGAUAACACACACAGGAGAAAAACCCUUCAAGUGUAGUCUGUGCGAGAAGGCGUUUUCACAGUCAUCUGCUCUUGUAUUACAUCAGAGAACUCACACGAGAGAGAAACCCUUCAGUUGCACUUUGUGUGGGAAGGCGUUUGCACAUUCACAACAUCUUAAAAUACACCAGAGAACACACACAGGAGAGAAACCCUUCAGUUGCACUCUGUGUGGGAAGGCGUUUGCACAAUCACCAUAUCUUAAAUUACACCAGAGAACACACACUGGAGAGAAACCCUUCAAGUGCACUGUGUGUGGGAAGGCGUUUGCACAUUCACAACAUCUUCAAUUACACCAGAGAACACACACGGGAGAGAAACCCUUCAAGUGCACUGUGUGUGACAAGGCAUUUGCACAGUCAUCAGGUCUUCAUAGACACCAGAGAACACACACGGGAGAGAAACCCUUCAGUUGCACUCUGUGUGGGAAGGCGUUUGCACAGUCAUCAAUUCUUAAAAGACACCAGAGGACACACAAGCAUCAGAAGAUCCCCAAGAAAUGGAGUCUGAAAUCAGCUUGUGAAAGUCAAAGUGCUGCAAUGAGCCCAUCCCUCAUGAAACCAGAAGUGAAUCCCAGCUUGGACACUUUUAAAGGUAUCAAGGUGAAAUGUGAAGAGGCGAAGGUGAAAUGUGAAGAAGUGAUGAAGAGCGAAGAAGUGAAGGUGAAAUGUGAAGUGAUGGUGAAGAGCGAAAAAGUGACGGUAAACUGUGAAGAUGAAGAUUCAACUCCAAAAUCGUACCUUCACAUCGAUGGAGACAACGUGAAGCAGGAGGAGAAUUCUGACUGCGAGGCAGAGCUAGGCAACUCCCAGCAGUUUGUGGAAGUGGAGGUGUGGGUGGACUUCUUAGACAAUACAAAUUAAAAUGGAGACCCGGUAGAUGUGUAAGCUUAAUAAAGCUCCAAUAGAUUCACCUUUGUCAUUGGCCUUUAAUGAAAAGAACGUGAAUUCGACCACUCAAAUUCCUGGGUUCAACCUGCAGAGUAAGAGCGGCGAGUAUUUGUGGACCUGUGGGUUGGGUAGAUGAAUAAUCAGGAUCAAGAGCCAAUAAGCUUCCACGUAUUCCACUGUUAUAUUUAUAUUUGCAUUGAUUUGGUGCUUGCUUAAUUGCCUCAGCAACUCAGUUUCAUAUCUCAUCACAAACGUUCGAAGAGCACCUUCAAGUGGCAGCUGCCUCUGUGUCAUAAGGUGACACUGCUGUCACCUGUGUAGAGGUGUUACAUAGGGGGUGUUAUAGAGUUGAUACGGAUGGGAAACAAACACACUGGGCGUGGCUAUGUCUGUACGCGAGCAGGUGCUUAUAUUGACGUCCGCGCCGUUUAGCCUGGGGGGCUAAUACGGCGCUGGGAUCCCCCACGGCCCCACCCCUCAGGGGGGAAUUGCUAUAUAAGGCGGUUAGCCAGAGGGCUCGGGGUUGAGUGUUCAGCUUUAACCAGAGACGCAAGAAGACCUGCUAGAUAAGCCCUGGGACUCCCUUGGAUCGCUGUCCUUCUCAGGACCGACCAAGGCCAGCCAGUGGCGUGGCCCCAAGAGCCCAGAGCCGAUGCUCUUGUAAGAGCCGGUCUGGGAACUCAGGGUGCCGUAAUCCCAGCUUAACCAGGGCUGGGUUAGCUAGCCUCCCCUAGCCCGAUAGUGGAGGACCUAGGAAUAGGCUAGCUGUAACAUAGGUUGUCGAUCUCCCAGUUAGACGGUUGGAGGGGCCGAUACCUCUCCGAGUGUUGUAUAUCUCGGCCUGUAGAUACAACUGUGUUGAAUAAAUAAGUGUGCCUCCGACUACGUAGUCCAAGCCUCCUUGAACCACACUACACCUGCAUGUGGGCAUGAGUCUGUCAAUAGGGGGUGAUGAUUGAUGUGUAAUCUUCAUUAUGUAAUUUCUGGAUCAUGUUUGAAAUUGCCCAAAUAUUGACCAUGACACCAACAUGCAAUGACCUAUGCGUUUUGAAUGACACAAUCGUAUGUUUUACGUCCACUGUUAAGCAGACGGUGCAUAUUUUGUUUAAUGUUACUGGAGUAGCCAGACGUGCCUGUCGGAUUUGAACCUUGAACCUCUGCAAUAAAUAGAGAAUGUGCUAC